GUGGGUGGGAGGGGGGGUCCGAGCCGCCCCAGUCCGCCCUGGGCGAGCCGUGCCGGAGCAGCUAGGCGGCCACGCUCUGCACCGCGGCGUCCGGGCCUCGGGGUCUCCCUCCCGCCCGCCGUCUCGGCUGAUGCUGAGGGUCGGUGCCCAGACCGCGCCGAGGGGACCCGGCCGGGCUGCCGAGCCGAGCCGGGCCGGGGGCCGGAGCCCGAGCCUGCGCUCACGGUGCUCGUCAGAAGUUAAGGUCUGCGCUGGGCGGCCAUUGGCGGCGGAGCGUCACGUGACCGCGGGGGCGUGCCAAUGUGCGCCCUCACGGGUGUCAAGCCCCUGUCAGAGUGUGCGAUCAAGAUCGUGAAACAACGCGAUGCAAAAAGCGACCUACUACGACAGCUCGGCGAUCUACGGUGGCUACCCUUACCAGGCAGCCAACGGGUUCGGUUAUAAUGCCAGUCAGCAGCCGUACCCGGCGUCCGCAGCACUGGGCGCCGACGGCGAGUACCACAGACCCGCCUGUUCGCUCCAGUCGCCCUCAAAUGCCGGGGGCCACCCCAAGGCGCACGAGCUGAGCGAGGCGUGUCUGCGCACCCUGAGCGGUCCGCCCAGCCAGCCCCCGGGCCUGGGCGAGCCGCCCCUGGCCCCGCCGCCGCCCCAGGCCGCGCCCCCUGCCCCACCGCAGCCGCAACCCCCGCCGCAGCCCCCUGCGCCUGCCCCUGCCGCGCCCCCGCCCCCCUCGUCAGUCUCCCCCCCUCAGAAUGGCAGCAGCAACCCCACCCCCGCCAGCGCAGCCAAGAGCCCCCUACUCAACUCGCCCACCGUGGCCAAACAAAUCUUCCCCUGGAUGAAAGAGUCUCGGCAAAACACAAAGCAGAAAACCAGCGGCUCCAGCUCAGGGGAGAGCUGCGCAGGUGACAAGAGCCCACCUGGGCAGGCGUCGUCCAAGAGGGCGCGCACAGCCUACACGAGCGCUCAGCUGGUGGAGCUAGAGAAGGAAUUUCACUUCAACCGCUACCUGUGCCGGCCGCGCCGGGUGGAGAUGGCCAACCUGCUGAACCUCACCGAGCGCCAGAUCAAGAUCUGGUUCCAGAAUCGCCGCAUGAAGUACAAGAAGGAUCAGAAGGGCAAGGGCAUGCUGACAUCAUCAGGGGGCCAGUCCCCAAGUCGCAGUCCCGUGCCGCCCGGCGCUGGCGGUUAUCUUAACUCUAUGCAUUCGCUGGUUAACAGCGUCCCGUACGAGCCCCAGUCGCCCCCGCCUUUCUCCAAGCCCCCCCAGGGCGCCUACGGGCUGCCCCCCGCCUCCUAUCCCGCACCCCUGCCCAGCUGCGCGCCCCCACCGCCCCCGCAGAAGCGCUACACCGCGACGGGGGCGGGCGCGGGGGGCACACCCGACUAUGAUCCGCACGCGCAUGGCCUGCAGGGCAAUGGCAGCUAUGGGACUACACACUUACAGGGAAGCCCCGUCUUCGUUGGGGGCAGCUAUGUGGAGCCCAUGAGCAACUCUGGCCCGCCCCUCUUUGGCCUAACUCACCUCCCCCACGCCGCCUCGGCUGCCAUGGACUACGGGGGCGCUGGGCCGCUGGGCAGUGGCCACCAUCAUGGGCCCGGGCCAGGGGAGCCGCACCCCUCCUACACGGACCUUACCGCCCACCAUCCUUCUCAGGGAAGAAUUCAGGAAGCCCCCAAGCUCACCCAUCUGUGAUGGUGGGCUCGGGGCUGCGCGCCAGGAGAGUCCCCACCCUACCCCCCCCCACCUUUCUUCUUCGUUUGCUUUUUUUGUUUUGUUUGUUUAAGGUUCUUCCCGCCCCUCCCUUUUCUCUCUCCUCCGCCCCCCAUUCUCCCCCCCCCCGCUUUGUUUUCUUUGGUAACACGUUUUUAUAGUUUAUGUGACGUAGCAAUCUUGGUUGCUGGAAUGGCUGUCAGUAUCAGUAGUGAUAUUUAUCUCCUCCCGCCCCUCGCUCGGCCGCUGGCCCUGCACCCUUUACCUUCUCUACUCUUUGAUCAGAAACAGGGUAUAUGAACAAAUUUUCUAGCCAAGUUCUUUGAUGUGAAUUUGUUCGUACAUUAUGGCUCCCGAGGGGAAGCGAUUACUUUUUUUUUUUUAGAUUUUAGUAUUUUUUUUAAUUGCACUUCUUGUAAAGAGCGAGAAAAAAAAUCAAAGGCGCUUUGAAACAGGGGCUCCCUGUGCAAGGAUGACUAAGUGUACGUCUUUCCGUGUGUGUAUGCUGGUGAACAGUCAGAUUUAUUUAUAUUUUUUUUGCAAGCAUUGAAUAAGUUUUAAAUAUUAUUUAUCCCCAUCCGUUCGUAUUUAUAUUAAAGAAAUUCUGUACCCUGAUUGUUCAGAAGGUUUCUUGGGCCUUUUGUUCAAUGGUGUAUUGGCGUACAUAGAAAAAAAUUUUAUUCGAAAGGGAAAUAAAAUUCCUUUAUAAAAACAGUAAUGAUGCA